AUGAAUCCCGCGACACCACAGCGCCCGCUUCCCGGCGCUUUCAUGAUGACGCCUGGCCCGGGAGUGCGCCCAGCUCAGCCCGUUUUCCGCGUCAACACGGCACCUGUAAAUCCUCCACAGCAACUCCAGCAGCCGCUCGUGCCUGCGCCUGCGCCUGCCCCACCCGCCCCUGCAGUCCAGCAGCAGCAACCAGAGAUUCAGCCCAUUGAGCGCGCUGCAAGGACUGUCAACGAUACGUUGACGCAGGAAGCGAGAUACCCGGAUUUGGACAGCUACAUAACGCAGGGCAUAUCGUCCGACUAUGACAUCCCCAAGAGCAACGCGUUGGCACCCUUUCAACAGGUCAAGACGUACAACAUCCCUGACCGCAUAUUCGAGCAGUACAACGAGGCUCAAGUUUCGACCAUGAUGGGUUUGUUUGCCGAGCUUGGCCACGCGUGGGUCGUCAUAGAUAAUGCGCUGUACCUUUGGGACUACACGCUCCCGAAUCCCGACCUCAUCGGCUUCGAGGACCAGCCGAACAUCAUCACCGCCGUGAAACUGGUUAAGCCGCGCGCAAAAGUCUUCGUCGACGCGAUUACGCACCUUCUCGUCGUUGCCACGACUACAGAGAUGAUCCUGAUCGGCGUCGCGUAUAAAAAGACUCCGGAGGGUGUCAACGAGGUUGCACUGUACCAGACAAACAUGCGGGCAUCGAUACGGGGCAUUGGUGUCAGGUGUAUUGAGGGCUCUGCAAAGUCGGGCAGGAUCUUCUUUGGUGGAGAGGUCACGGACGACGUGUACGAGCUCACGUACCAGCAGGAAGAGAGAUGGUUCGGCAGCAAAUGCGGUACCGUCAACCACGUUAACAAGUCCAUGAUUAACUACGUCAAUAACUCCCUCAAGCUUUCGUUCGGCGCGGCGAUGCUUAAACCCGUUAUUGGCCUCGUCCAACCAGCAUCCAAGGAGUACGUGGUCCAAAUGGUGGUGGACGACAGCCGCAACCUUCUCUACACUCUCUCAAGCCUAUCUGCGAUACGCGUCUUCCACAUGAAGAACAUGGCUUCGCUGGACUGUGUAAUUACUAGGAACUUUGCAACAAUCAGGACACAAAUCGGUCACAUGGUUGCUGCUUCCGAACUCAUCACUUCCCAGACGCAGUUGGCUUCGCUCACGCCCAUCUCGGCUACCGAGGCCUCGAGACUGAACCUCAUGGCGACGACGAACACGGGAUGCCGCAUUUUCCUUAGCGCCACCUCCGGCGGCUUCUAUUCCACCGAUGUCACGAGCGCGCCGAGCAGCAUGCAAGUUCACCACGUCAAGUUUCCUCCAGGCAAGACCAACGACCCCGCGAAUCAAGCACCUCCUGUCCAGCAAAUCGGUGGCUACCAGGUGACCUCCAUUGAUACCAACUCCCGCAACUUGACCGUCACAACCAAGGCCGCACGCUUCGCGCCCGGUUACUUCCUUUGCUUCGUUAGGGAUGAAGUUUCGCAAGCUGAAAAGCUUUUCCUAUCUUCUCCGGACUCUGGAAGGAUUGCAAGACCCGCUGAACCGGCGCAAAUUCCGAGGUUCUACGAGAAGGGCCAGUGGAUCCCGCUUGGCAGCAACAUGCAGGACGUUGGAUUGGUCACGGAGCCGUUCGGCGCUACAGGCACGCCGCUUGGCUUUGGUAACGAGCUUGCGGUUCAGUUUGACAAGGCUACAAGCGAAUUCGCCAUCUUGACCAACACUGGUGUGCACACGAUUCGACGUCGCAGACUCGUAGACGUAUUCGCGGCUGCUAUCAAAUCCGGUGGUGGUGAGGACGGUCUCGAGGCGGAAAUCAAGAACUUUGUGCGAGUGUAUGGACGGAGCGAGACGUGUGCGACUGCGCUUGCUGUGGCGUGCGGUCAGGCUUCGGACGUUACGCACGAUUACCGGGUGGCUAAAUUGACAGACAAUGAUACCCUGGAGUUUGCUCGCAAGGCAUUCAUCGAGUAUGGUGGCAAGCCGACGUACAACGAGAACCUGCAGCUGGACAACAACGCUGAUCGCUUGGACAACGUUCGCCCCUCGCCCCGUCACGACGGUGUGGCUCUUUACAUCGCCCGUCUCCUUCGUUCCGUGUGGAAGGUUCCCAUCUUGAACGAAGGCGUGAGUGCCGCAGGUGGCUUCGAAGUCACGCCCACCAUUGAGCUGGCGAAGCUCCAGAGCAUCCAGCGUGAUCUCACCCACCUCCAAGAAUUCCUGGAGACCAACAAAAGCUUCAUCGAAGGUUUGGCCGGCCCGGAGGCUCUUGGCCGGGUGGCGACUCCACAGGAGGAGAUUGCUCUGCGUGGCGAACACCGCGCCAUGAACUCCAUUGUCAAGCUCCUUACGAACGUCAUCGAGGGCAUCUCGUUUGUUCUGGUUCUGUUCGACGAAAAAGUCGACGAGAUUGUUCUCUCUCUCCCUGAGGACGUCAGAGGCAAAGUCCGCCAGCUGACCUUUGAGAACUUGUUCGCUGUCAAGGAAGGCAGAGACUUGGCCAAGGAGUUGGUCAAGGCCAUCGUCAACCGCAACAUCGAGAAGGGCUCGAACGUCGAUACUGUCGCUGAAGCCCUCAGAAGGAGGUGUGGCAGUUUCUGCAGCGCCGACGAUGUCGUCAUCUUCAAGGCCCAGGAGAAGCUCAGAAAGGCUCAGGAUGCCGGUGCACACUCUGAAACUGGACGUCAGCUGCUCAACGAUAGCUUGAAUCUGUUCCAGAAGGUUGCCUCUAGUUUGUCUAUGGAGCACCUGCAAGGCGCAAUCGAGCAAUACAUUGCCAUGUCUUUCUUUGCUGGUGCAAUUCGUCUCACCCUAAAGGUUGCUCAGCAACUAGAUCGUGGAAACAAGGCCCUUGGCUUCAUCAAGGACAACAUGCUUCCUAAUGAUCCGAGAAGGAAGGAGUUCGAGUCUCGCAAGGCCUGCUACAAUCUGGUCCAUAAAAUCAUCAUCGCUGUAGAUACCGCAGCGCAAACGGAGCCCGAAACGAUCGACGGCCAAAUCACUCCUACCUACAAGAGAAAGUUGGAGGCUUACGACGAGAUCAACAACUCUGAAGAUGAAGUUUUCCAGAACGACCUCUUCGACUGGUACCUGGAACAGGGCUGGAGCGACCGCUUGCUGGAAAUUACCUCUCACUACGUCAUCAGCUAUCUGAAGCGGAAGUCGGUCGAGGAGGCCAGACAUGCCGAUCUGAUGUGCAGAUACUACGCACACCACCACCGCUUUUUCGACGCUGCAGAAGUUCAGCUCCAGCUUGCUAAGAGCGGAUUUGACUUGUCGCUCGAGCAUCGCAUUCGCUAUCUCAGUCAAGCCAAGACGAACGCCUCGACGCGCUUGACAGGUCUGGGCGACGUCCCGAUGUCGAGACAAUCGCGGCAAGAGCUCUUGAGGGAAGCCACAGAUCUACUUGAUCUUGCUAACAUUCAGAGCGACAUCCUAGACCGGAUGAAGGGGGAACGUCGCCUUUCUCCUGAAAGAAAGCCGGAGAUCAUCAGGAGUUUGAACGGGCAGAUCCUGCCUUUGGAUGAUCUCUACGGUAACUUUGCCGACCAGGCUGGUUACUACGACCUUUGCCUUCUGAUCUACCAGGUCGCCGAUCACCGCGAUCUCUCUAACAUCCGGGCAACUUGGCAGAACCUCCUCGAGCAGACACACGAGGCCGCCACGCUCCAGAACCAGCGGCCGUGGGAAGUGGUGGCGGAGACGGUACGCGAGCUCGGCGCCCGCCUGCACCUGUCGGAUACGACCUUCAACAUCCCGACCGUCCUACCCCUGCUCGAGACGUACGCGUUCACGCACCAGCGCGGCGUGGGCCCACAGACGUGGGUGGUGGACGUGUUCCUGGACCUGAUGGUGGCGCACGACCAGAUAGUGGCGGUGCUGGAGAGCGUGUUUUACAACAACGAGGCGCCCUUCGUGGGACGACAGCGCAAGUGGAUCGCGCACGACCUGGUGCACGUUGUGGACGCGUGGUUCAACGAGAGCACGCGCGGCGGUGGAUAUGCUUUUGGCGGAGUGGAGAACGCGGCGAUGGUGCAGGAGCUGCUGCGCGUGGUCGAGGAGAGCGGAUGCUUGGAGAGAGAGUGGAUGGGCUUGGCGGUCGACUUGAGGGCCAGGAUCGAGAUGGUGCUGAGGUAA